AUGGAAACUGAUCCAGGAUUUAUCGCCGCCGUCGAAGAGGCCCGGCAGGGCCAGGCCGAAGGCGGCGUUCCUAUCGGCGCAUGUCUCGUCUCUAAGGAUGGAAAGAUCCUAGGCCGCGGCCACAACAUGCGCUUCCAGAAGGGAAGUGCUACGCUACAUGGCGAAAUAUCCGCUCUUGAAAACUCAGGCCGUCUUCCGGCUUCUGCGUACGAAGGUGCAACCAUGUACACCACCCUGUCACCCUGCGACAUGUGCACGGGUGCCUGUAUCUUGUACAAGGUCAAGCGCGUCGUGGUUGGCGAGAACAAGACCUUUUUGGGUGGUGAGCAGUACCUGCAGAGUCGCGGCAUUGAGGUUGUUGUUUUGCAGAAUGAGGAGUGUAUCAAGUUGAUGACGGAUUUUAUUCGUGAAAAGCCCGAGCUAUGGAAUGAGGACAUCGCGGUUUAG